ACAGUCAAACUCAAACUCAAACUCAGAGUCUCAAACUCAAAUAAAAAGGAAAAAACCCUCUCUGCUUUGUGCCUUGAACUAAACUCACCCAAGUCAUUCUUUGUAGUUGAUUUGCGCCUGUGUGUUUGUGUGUGUCUCUCUCUAUCUCUAUCUGUAUCUGUAUCUCAGUGUCUCAGCAUGAGUCUCUCGUCACUGGCACUCGACUCGAACCCUAUCAGGGUCCCACAGACCCCUUUCUUGGGUGCACGCCACCACCACCUCAGACCCAUUAUUCUCCCUCGCCGCCCAAACCUUAUCGUCUGCUCCUCAGUCUCAGCCUCUGCAUCUCUGAGCGUAGCCGAAUCGAGCACAACCCAAGGAACCAAUCGGAUCGGGUCUCUAAGUCAAGUAUCAGGAGUGUUGGGCUGUCAGUGGGGAGACGAAGGCAAAGGCAAACUGGUCGACAUCUUGGCCCAUCACUUCGACAUCGUUGCUCGUUGCCAGGGUGGAGCUAAUGCUGGACAUACUAUCUACAAUGCAGAGGGAAAGAAGUUUGCCCUUCACCUGGUUCCCUCAGGUAUCCUUAAUGAUGAUACCCUUUGUGUUAUUGGGAAUGGAGUCGUGGUGCAUCUACCAGGGCUCUUUGAAGAAAUUGAUGGCCUGGAAUCCAAUGGGGUUUCCUGCAAGGGAAGAAUACUGGUAUCUGAUCGUGCUCACCUGUUAUUUGACUUCCAUCAGGAAGUGGAUGGGCUUAGAGAGUCUGAGCUUGCCCAAUCUUUUAUUGGCACUACAAAGAGAGGAAUUGGACCAUGUUACUCAAGCAAGGUUAUACGGAAUGGCAUUAGAGUAAGUGACUUGAGGCACAUGGAUACAUUUCCUCAAAAGCUUGAUCUUUUAUUGUCAGAUGCAGGUUCAAGAUUCCAAGGUUUUAACUAUGGCCCAGAAAUGCUUAGGGAAGAAGUUGAAAAAUACAAAAGAUAUGCUGAGAGAUUGGAGCCCUUCAUUGCUGAUACCGUGCAUGUCAUGAAUGAAGCCAUCUCAGAAAAGAAGAAGAUUUUGGUUGAAGGUGGUCAGGCCACCAUGCUAGAUAUUGACUUUGGAACUUACCCUUUUGUAACUUCUUCUAGUCCAUCAGCUGGUGGAAUUUGCACUGGUCUUGGCAUUGCUCCAAGAGUACUAGGUGAUCUAAUUGGAGUGGUAAAAGCCUACAAUACAAGAGUUGGCUCUGGUCCGUUUCCUACAGAAAUCUUGGGUCAAGGGGGCGACCUCCUCAGGUUUGCUGGCCAGGAGUUUGGCACAACUACAGGCCGUCCUCGUCGUUGCGGUUGGCUGGAUAUAGUAGCACUGAAAUACUCUUGUCAGAUCAAUGGCUUUUCAUCACUGAAUCUCACCAAACUCGACGUUUUGUCUGAUCUCCCUGAAAUUCGGCUGGGGGUUUCUUAUAAACACAUCAAUGGCACACCAAUCAAGUCAUUCCCUGCAGAUCUUCGUCUUCUUGAGCAAUUGAAGGUGGAGUACGAAGUAUUGCCUGGGUGGAAGUGUGAUAUUUCUUCUAUCAGAAACUACGCUGACCUUCCAUUGGCUGCACGUACCUAUGUGGAAAGGAUAGAAGAACUUGUUGGUGUACCAAUCCAUUACAUUGGUAUUGGACCUGGACGCGAUGCCCUGAUAGUAAAAUAAUUUGAUUAUUGUUCCUUCUUAUGAUGUUAGAGAGGAUUCUCUUUAUCUGAAGAGGUGAGAAGAUGCUAGAUGAAUUUCCUCUUUAAAAUGGUAGAUUAUCUUGGAGAAAAAGUAUAACAUAAGGUGGCUAUAUUCAUUUGAUGUAACAAUUAUGUAUUCAAUGUCUGUGGAACGCCAUUUUGAAUUUGUAUACUUUUAACAACUCUUGACAAUUUUGGUGCUGUAUUUUAGGUAGUGUUCACAACUUAUGAUGAUGCUAGAAAUGGAAGUUUUUGGUUAUUAGAUUGA